AUGGCAACUCUGGACUUUGCGUUGAAGAACGAGACUGGCUCCGACACGGUCUAUGCGUACAUUACCGGAUACGCAAUUGAUCGAAACAACGCUCUCGUUUUGAUUCAAGCAGAUGGUAAAACGCCGUACUACCCGGCGUCUCCCUCCAGCACCCUCAGUGCGCUGGAUCAAGACUGUGCAAUCCCACUGGGCCCUGCUGGCAGUACCAAAACAGUCUCGAUUCCACACAUCGCGGGAGGUCGACUGUGGUUUGUCCGCGAUGGCAAGCUCACCUUCUAUGUGAACCCUGGACCUGCACUCGUUGAACCCUCUUCGUCCAACCCGUCUGAUCCCAAUUACAACCUGUACUGGGACUUUUGUGAAUUCACGUGGAACUCCUUCCAACUAUAUGCGAAUAUCACAAUGGUCGACUUUGUGUCCCUGCCCAUUGCGCUGACCCUGACCAACACGUCGGGCGCUUCUCACUCUGUUUUGGGAUUGCCAUCAGAUGGAUUGGGAAGGAUCUGCUCGGCACUGCAACAGCAGAAUGCCAAAGACCAGGCCGGAUGGGACAAGUUGAUUGUCAGCAACAAUGGAAGACAGCUCCGCGCUGCUUCCCCCAAUACGGGCAUUGUUCUGGAUAAUUCCUUGUUCAAGAAUUACUACGAUUCGUACGUGAAUCAAGUCUGGGACAAGUACUCCAACAACGACCUGACAGUCAACACACAAGGCGGGGCUGGCAAUCUUCAAGCGAAUGUAGCUCAGGGCAAGCUCGACUUUACCUCCCAGAACUUUUCCUACGAUAAGCCCUCGACUGCCGACAUCUUCAGCAACAGUUCUGGUGCCUUUGCAGUCUCCGGCAAUGGCAUCAAAGAUGCCGUGACUGCCAGACUCGCGGCCGCAUUCAAUCGAUCGACCUUGCUGAGCAACUCACAGCAACCGAAUGGGGCGACAGUGGCCGACUAUUACCAGAACCCUGUGACAAACCACUACUCACGGAUCUGUCAUGAGAUCUCUCUCGACCAUCGAGGUUAUGCAUUCCCCUACGAUGACGUCGCUCCCAGCAAUGGGGAGGAUCAGUCUGGAAGCGUGUUUGACUCGAAUCCAAAGCUAUUGACUGUGACUGUGGGUGGCGGUGGAGGCACCUCCAGUGUUCAAGCUCUUGCAGACAACCCUGUUCGUCAGGAAAACGCGCACAACUCGCAGGAGGUCUCAUCAGGCCCGGCACCAGAAGACAAGAAAAAAAAGGUGUUUUCCGGCUUGAAGCAGGCUAUGCGGAGACUUUCUCACAAGUAG